GAAAAAGGAAAAAAGGGCGCUCCUUUUAUCGAACAGAAUAGCAGCAAAAAGAAAAUAACUUACAAGUAGAAGCUGUAAAGCCCAGCGCUCCAAAAGCCAACAGAUACUUGUAAACUUUAUAACCUCGAUUCUUUGUCAAUACUGCAUUUUGUCCCGACUUUCUUAUGAACCAGUUGAGAUUGAGAGAAAUACACGCCAACACUCUCCGAAACGGCACAGACUUCACCGCUUUUCUUGUAACCAAACUCGCAGAAACUCUCGAUUUUUCCUACGCUCACAAACUGCUCGAUACUAUUCCCAACCCAACCGUGUUUCAUUAUAACAAGCUCAUUCAAGCCUACUCCUCUCAUGGCUCUCCUCGCCAAUGCUUGUCUGUCUACGUCGCCAUGCUACUCAGAGGCUUCAUACCCAACGCCCACUCCUUCAAUUUCCUCUUUAACGCCUGUACCAGUCUCUCUAAUCCAUUCCAUCCCCAAGCGCUUCACGCCCAUUUUGUCAAAUGGGGUUUCGAAUCGGAUAUUUACGCCUCAACCGCAUUGGUGGACAUGUAUGCUAAACUGGGCCUGCUCAAUUUAGCGCGAAAACAGUUUGAUGGGAUGCCCACAAGAGAUGUGCCCACUUGGAACGCCUUGAUCGCUGGUUACGCAAAGAGUGGGGAUAUGAGGGAAGCUUCUCGCUUGUUUUCUAAUAUGCCUUCCAGGAAUGUGAUUUCUUGGACGGCAAUGAUAUCGGGCUACUCGCAGAAUGGCGAGUACGCAGAUGCAUUGGCGUUGUAUCUGGAAAUGGAGAAAGAGAAAGGAGUGAAGCCCAACCAAGUGACCAUAGCUAGUGUUCUUCCAGCUUGUGCAAAUCUUGGAGCAUUGGAAGUUGGGCAGAGGAUUGAGGCCUAUGCCAAGUCUAACGGUUACUUAAACAACAUGUUUGUGUGCAAUGCCAUAUUGGAAAUGUAUGCGAGGUGUGGUAGAAUAGAUUCAGCGAUGAGAUUAUUUCAUGAGAUUGGGAGAAGAAGAGAUUUGUGCUCUUGGAAUACUAUGAUUAUGGGUCUAGCUAUCCAUGGUAAAUGCAGCGAGGCUCUGGACCUUUUCAACCAAAUGUUGGGGGAAGGCAUUUCACCCGAUGACGUCACAUUUGUUGGGGCAAUCUUGGCGUGCACACAUGGCGGCAUGGUUGCUAAAGGACGAGAACUCUUCGAGUCAAUGGAGCAAAAAUUUUCUGUCACUCCUAGACUGGAACAUUAUGGAUGUAUGGUUGAUCUUUUAGGUCGUGCAGGAGAAUUGCAAGAGGCUUAUCAUCUUAUACGGAGCAUGCCCAUGAGGCCAGACUCUGUUAUUUGGGGGACAAUGCUGGGGGCAUGCAGCUUUUACGGCAAUGUGGAGCUGGGUGAGAAAGCAGCAGAGUCUCUCUUCGAGUUAGAACCUUGUAAUCCAGGAAACUAUGUGAUUCUUUCUAAUAUUUAUGCAUCAGCAGGCAGAUGGGAUGGAGUUGCUAAGUUGAGGAAGCUAAUGAAGAGCUCCCAAGUAACGAAAGCAGCAGGAUACAGCUUCAUGGAGGAAGGAGGCCAGCUCCAUAGGUUCAUUGUUGACGAUAGAUCUCAUCCAAAGUGUGGUCAGAUAUAUGCAUUGUUGGAUGAUGUCCAUGUAAAAAUUAAGCUUCUUGGGCAUACAACUGAUAUUGAUUCUAUUACUGAAGAUACAGACGUAACACUAUGACAGACGUUAUUUGAUAUGUUUACGUACACCAUGUUGAGAAAUUGUGAAACCAUGUUAGGUACAAAGUU